CAUGGUUACUGCCGGGCCGCGGGGCGCGUGACGUCAUCGUGGUUGCGUCGCGUGACGUGGCCCCGGCGGGAGGAAGCCGGGGCGUCCUGGAAGGGGCCCCUCGCGUCCUCCUCGCGGGCGGUCCUGACCGGUCCUUCCUAGGGCUUUGUUCUUUUGUUCCGGCCCCGCCCUGCCCCGUCCGCCCACCUGCAAGCGUCCACGCCCGGCAACAGGGCAGCCGGCCUCCGCGCUGCGAGAGGAGCUGGGCGGCUGACCCUCGGCCUGGGAGGACGCCGCAGAGGAGCGGGAUGAGCGGAGAUGGAAGACCUGUCCUCUCCAGACCCUGCCCUUCUCCAGCGAGGACCAACUCCACUCCUGCCAGCCAGCGUCCGGGAAUCUGUGACCUUCAAGGACGUGAUAGUGGACUUUACUCAAGAAGAAUGGAAGCAGCUGGAUCCUGUACAGAGAGAUUUAUUCAGGGAUGUGACGCUGGAAAAUUAUACGCACCUGGUGUCUAUAGGACUCCAAGUUUCCAAACCUGAUGUGAUUUCCCAGCUGGAGCAAGGGACAGAGCCAUGGAUGGUGGAGCCAGGCCGUCCAGCUGGUCCCUGUGGAGACUUGCAGAUACAACUUGAAAAUAGUGUGUCAGCCCCCGCACCAGACAUUCCUGAAGAACCAUCUCCACACACAGUAGUGGGAAAACACAGCCCAUGGAGCUCCAGCCUCGUGGGAACUGUGGGGUCAGAAGGCAGCCUCGAGAGGCAGCGGGCAGCCCCACUGGCAGUGCCCAGGGAGGUGACGGAAUCGAGCAGGGGGAGUGGACCUGCGCAUAAAGGAUCUGAUACACAUGUCAGUGAGGGUUCAGGUGUUGGAACACGACAAGAGAUAACUCCACAACAGACAUCUGCCAAAACCGGUGUCAAACAGAAUUCACAUCCAGUUAAAAAAGAGAAAUCUAUUAAGUGCAAUGAAUGUGGUAAAGCUUUUAGUUAUUGUUCAGCUCUUAUUCGCCAUCAGAGAACACAUACUGGAGAAAAACCCUACAAGUGUAAUGAAUGUGAAAAAGCCUUCAGCCGGAGCGAAAACCUGAUAAACCAUCAAAGGAUUCACACUGGAGACAAACCGUAUAAAUGCGAUCAGUGUGGGAAAGGCUUCAUUGAGGGACCGUCUCUGACGCAGCAUCAGAGGAUUCACACUGGAGAAAAGCCCUACAAGUGUGAUGAGUGUGGGAAAGCCUUCAGUCAGAGGACUCACCUCGUUCAGCACCAGAGGAUUCACACCGGCGAGAAGCCAUACACUUGUAAUGACUGCGGGAAAGCAUUUAGCCAGAGAGGACACUUCAUGGAACACCAGAAAAUUCACACAGGAGAAAAACCUUUUAAGUGUGAUGAAUGUGAUAAAACCUUCACCAGGAGCACACACCUUACUCAGCAUCAGAAAAUUCACACGGGAGAGAAAACCUAUAAAUGCAAUGAGUGUGGGAAGGCUUUCAACGGGCCUUCGACUUUCAUCCGUCAUCACAUGAUUCACACCGGGGAAAAGCCUUACGAAUGUAAUGAAUGUGGAAAAGCCUUUAGCCAGCACUCCAACCUCACUCAACAUCAAAAAACACAUACUGGGGAGAAACCCUAUGACUGUGCCGAGUGUGGAAAAUCCUUUAGUUACUGGUCAUCCCUCGCCCAGCAUCUGAAAAUUCAUACGGGAGAAAAACCUUACAAAUGCAAUGAGUGUGGGAAGGCCUUCAGCUACUGCUCAUCCCUCACUCAGCAUCGAAGAAUUCACACCCGGGAAAAGCCCUUUGAAUGCAGUGAAUGUGGGAAGGCGUUCAGUUACCUCUCCAACCUGAACCAGCAUCAGAAAACUCACACCCAGGAGAAAGCCUUUGAGUGUAAGGAGUGUGGGAAAGCCUUCAUUCGGAGUUCCUCUCUCGCUAAGCAUGAAAGGAUUCAUACUGGAGAGAAGCCUUACCAAUGUCACGAAUGUGGGAAAACCUUCAGCUAUGGCUCCUCCCUCAUUCAGCACAGGAAAAUCCAUACCGGAGAGAGACCUUACAAGUGUAACGAGUGCGGGAAAGCCUUCAACCAGAACAUACACCUUACGCAGCAUAAGAGAAUUCACACAGGAGCAAAGCCUUAUGAGUGUGCCAAGUGUGGUAAGGCCUUUCGACACUGUUCGUCUCUUGCUCAACAUCAGAAAACUCACACAGAAGAAAAGCCCUACCAGUGCAAUAAAUGUGAGAAGACGUUUAGCCAGAGCUCUCACCUGACUCAGCACCAGCGAACUCACACUGGGGAGAAGCCCUACAAGUGCAGUGAGUGUGACAAGGCCUUCAGCCGAAGCACUCACCUGACGGAGCAUCAGAACAGCCACACUGGAGAGAAGCCCUACAACUGUCCUGAAUGCAGGAAGACUUUCAGCCAGAGCACGUACCUCAUUCAGCAUCAGAGGGUUCACUCAGGGGAGAAGCCUUUCGGCUGUAACGACUGUGGGAAGGCAUUCAGAUACCGCUCUGCUCUCAACAAACAUCAGAGGCUGCACCCUGGCAUAUGAUGGUGCUGGGCAUUGUCAGUGUCCGGGCUGUUUGCUGUGGAUAUCAAGAAGCAGAGUGGAUUGGGAAACUGCUUAAAACAUUUUAACUUUACUGCCAUGCUGUGAGGUAGAAAAUACCUUACCAGAACUAAUGGUAUUAACAAUUUUGUGACAUUGAGAAACUUAACUAUGUUACAUUUCACUUUCCUCUGUGAAGUGAAAGAUUUGCAGAGGAUUUCAAAUUGCAGAGUUAUGCGUGGAGUUUAUAAUGAGUUUUGUAUGUUCAUAGUGUAUUCCUGAGUAGAUUUACAUUGUCAGCAUUUUAUUGUUGCAUCUGGAGUGUGUGGGAUGCACGCUUCACCAGUAGAAGCCGUCUGCUUCCAGCGCUAGGCUGUGCUCCUGUACACUUAAGUUCUUUAAGUCACGGUUCCUAAUAAAAGGAAAUUGACUAUAAAACACCCUCAAAUUAAUAAUCCAGUUCAUCUUGUAACCUAACUCAGUAUUCAUAUUAAAAUGUCCUGUUUCCUCUUCAA